AUGGAUACAUCAUUAUCUAAACGAAUAUGUUCUCAUCAUUUUAUUGAUCAAUAUUCUGGUAAAUGUCUUCAUUGUGGUUAUUUAAAAAUAUCAUCUAAUGAACCAUGUAAAACUAUAAAUUGUUCUUUACAAAAUGAUAUUAAUGAUGAUGAUAGUUCAUUAGAACUUGAACAUUAUGAACGUUUAGUAUUAAUGCUUGAUGAAUGGAAAAAAACUAUGAUAAAUCGUAUUGAAACAAUAUAUAAAUCAAAACUUCAACGUUUACGUGAUGAAUUUGAACGACAACAAGCUGCAAGACGUCGUUAUCAUAUGGAACAAAAUAAAAUUGAAAAUGAUAAUGAAAAUGAAAAAAUUGAUUUAACAAAUAUUAAUUUUACAUUAAUUAAUUCUUCAUUUAUUGAUGCAGAAUAUACAUUAAUGACAUCAUCAUUAGAAACAAUUCUUAAACAUGAUGGUCGUACAUUUAAAUUAUUUGAUAAAAAUCUUCGUCCAUUAGUUGCAUUAGAUUUAACAAAUUCAAUG